AUGGCACGACAACACGAGCAUCCCGACCAGAAGGAACUUUCACAAGGUGUGGGAAAUUACGUGGUAGGCCCAGAGAUCGGACACGGCUCAUUCGCGACUGUAUAUAAAGGAUACCACAAGACAACCCGCGAAGUAGUGGCAAUAAAAUCUGUCGUACUCUUAAAAUUAAACAGAAAGCUUCUGGAGAAUCUCGAGUCAGAAAUAAGCAUACUCAAAAAGAUGCGACACAAUCACAUUGUCCACUUAGUCGACUGCCAGAAAUCUGAAACACAUAUUCACUUAAUAAUGGAAUACUGUUCCAUGGGUGAUCUGUCGAGUUAUAUCAAAAGGCGCAGAGAUGUAUCUGGUUCGGGAGCAGUAUCACAUACGCGAUCCAAUACGCCUAUAGGGCUUAGUGAGCACGUUGUACGUCAUUUUCUAAAGCAGCUAGCGAACGCGUUGGGUUUUCUUCGAUCAGCAAACCUCAUUCAUAGAGAUAUUAAACCACAGAAUCUUCUUCUACAACCUCCAUCUCCAAAUCCAGACUCAACACUAAUCGGUUCACCGGACCUUCCAAUUCUCAAAAUUGCUGAUUUCGGCUUUGCUCGUUUCCUACCAAAUGCCAGCUUAGCCGAGACACUUUGCGGAUCGCCAUUAUACAUGGCACCUGAGAUUUUACGCUAUGAAAAAUAUGAUGCCAAGGCCGAUCUCUGGUCAGUCGGUGCAGUGCUAUAUGAAAUGGCUACCGGCAGACCACCAUUUAAGGCCCAAAACCAUAUUGAUUUGUUGAAAAAAAUCGAACUGGGGGAAGACGAUAUUAAAUUCCCAGGCGAUUCGCCCGCUACAUAUAAUGUCGGCAGUACGGAUGGGGCCAGUAAAGCUUCCUUAAAAGGGAAAGUAUCUGCGCAGCCAGCGAUAAGCGAAGAGCUGAAAGAUUUAAUAAGACAUGUGCUCAAACAAAACCCAGUAGAAAGAAUAUCAUUUGAAGAAUUUUUCAUGCACCCCUGCGUGUUAGGAGACAUUUACCCGCGACAGACGGGCUCUUCUCGGAUAAAACAGUCUGAACAUCGUAAUCCGUUACCGGCUACAGAUAAAUCUUCUCGUCAUGUACGAGACCGAUCUGUAUCUUCACCGGCAUUAGUUGGUUGUCAGAAUGAAUCUGAAAAAAAGGAGAAGGAGAAAGUACCGGCUGGAGGGAAAAAUGGACGGAUAAGAGAUAAUGGAGGGAAGGGAUUGACAGCAUUAGGUGGCGCGAUUGGAAAGAAAGUCACUCACCGUCACCAGCAAAAUCCUCCGGGUACAAAUAAUUACCAUUCCCAAAAUUCGCCAACCGAUCGUCUCUCUUCCUCUCCUCGGCAUCUCGUCGAAAUGCAACGGUCAUCUUACAAUCGUUCCCCUUCUCCUUCAUUCCUUGUCCAACAGACAAGCCAAAAUAUUGACUUUCCAAGAAGACGUACAUACAGUGACAGCAUUUCAACUGGCUCACAUGGAGUAAACGGCGAACGUAAUGGAAAUGUGAUAAAUGGAGGAAAUAACAUAGAUCAGACUGACGAUAGUUGUCUCCGUCGUCGCGAUGAGGAAAUUGCAUUUGAGCGAGAGUAUGUCGUGAUUGAUCCAAGCCAGAUUGAUGUUAAUGCUUUUGCCGAUGAACUUGUAGCGUCUCCCAAAACGAAUCCAAUUGGCAUACGUCGCAACCGUAAACACUCUUCUUCCUCUUCUGGCUCUUCCACACCACACACGCAAGGAUAUCCGAUUUUCGACUUUCACAACCGUCAUGCACAACCAAUAUCAACCAACACGACGUACCUCUCUACGACUCCACCGUUUGCAAUAUCUAAUGGUUCUGAGAAAUUAGAAUCAGCCGGAAGCUCGGGAAGUGGAGCGUUGGCAGAGGCAUUAUCGAUUGCAGGGAAGAGAUUGUUUGGAGGUAGUAAUUCGCCACCAAAAUUUGGAUAUAAAGAAGCUAAAAGGAAGUCGAAUGCCAUUAUGUUACCUGACGAAGAUAUUGAUCCGAAAGAGGAAGCAAUAGUGAAGAUCAUACAGGAUGCUGCGAACAAAGCAUAUGUAGUCUACCGAUUUGCUGAUAGCAAAUUCCAUCAACUGCUCCCCCCGCUUCCGACUGCGAGUAGUAUAACUUUGGCUGAAAGUCCAGUCACGUCUCCCGAGGUAACAGCUGUCCUAGCGGAAGAAGCACUGGCUCUCUAUCUAAGAGCAUUAAGCAUACUUCAAUCAGCGAUGAACACUGCCAAAGAGCAUUGGAAUGGGUUACCCGAGUAUUCCGGACACAAGACAGUCUCACAUAAAUUUAAUAUGGCUGUUCAAUGGGUCCGUGCUCGGUUUAACGAAUGCUUGGAAAGAGCCGAGUAUGCCAAGUCAAAGUGUCGUACUGAUGAUGAGAACACUGCAGAGGUGUUUCCAGAGAAGCUUUUGUAUGAUAAAGCAUUAGAAAUGAGUCGUUCAGCUGCUGUUAUUGAAUUGGUAGGGGAAGAUCUCACUACAUGUGAACGCACUUACCAGAACGCCAUCUUUAUGCUAUGUGCUAUUCUGGAUUGCCAAGAUGAUGAAGAGGGGAUGGAUGAAGAAGAUAAACAAAUAUUAAACAAACUCAUAAUCUCAAUUCAAAAUCGCCUUGUAUCUCUACAAAAGAAACUUUCGCAACCAGCACAUGAUGAAACACUUGCAGCGUGA